AUGGAAUUCUCAGAAGCUGCAGAAUUGAAACAGGUUGUAAAGAUCAACAUGGGCAUGAUGGAUCAAUAUGCUGCUAGUCCAGAAAUGAGUGAGGAUAUACUAAUGAAGUACCAAAGUUUCCCAUCAAAUCUUCUUGGAUCAACUCCGAAAAACUCAUUUACCUCCAAUUUGCAGAGGUAUCGGUCAGACUCUGAUUUUUUUUCUGAAGGGCUUGGCCAAGAAAAUCGCACAUCUGAUACAGCAAAUCUUGAUUGGAAUAGGAAUAUAGAAAUUGUAAAAGAUGAAGAAUAUUUGCAAAGUAAGCUACUUCAAAAGAAAUCACCCUAUAUAUAAUUUAAAAAAAUAAAAUAAAUAGGCAUAUUUGAUUGAAAAUAUAGCGAAGAUUUCAAUGCAGCUUAAUAUACAAACCAGCCUCAAGUUUCUUCACUGACAGAAUCAAUUAAAAAUAAAUCAAAAUUUGAAUCUGAACCAUCAGAAAAUCAAAUUUUAAUUCAUGUUUAUUUCUUUGAAACUACCAAUUCUAUCGACAUAAUGAUCUCCCCAAAUAUAACAGUUGCAAAUCUCAAAAGAGCAAUAAUUUCGAAAUAUUUAAAAUCUCCACUUGCAAAAACCACACCAUUACCGAACGGCACAAAUCCAAAUGCUUAUGAGAUCUGACUUAUGGACGACUAUGAAAUGGUGCCAGAUACAGAUUUCUUUAUAGACGAAAACACAACAUUAUCUGAUUUGACUGCUGAUGCACUAGCAUUUUGUUGUAGUUCCACUUAUAUUUCUGAAGACUCAAAGAUAAAGUCAGCAUCUCUUAGGCGUUUAUCAGAGAUUUCACAAGGCACAGUAAUAAAAGUGCUAUUUCAUUCAAACUGAACCGUUCUUUCAGUUAACCCAAAACAAAAGUUACGUGAUCUUAUGGGAAUUUUAUCAAGAAAAUUUUCUUGAUCCAUCAGUCCUUAUACCCAUGAAUUCAGGAUGGACGUCGAAAUUGAUGAAAAUUUUACUACAGAAGAAUGCCCAGUUGACAUCGAUAUGUAUGUAAAAACCUUAAAAACGACAGAAUUAAAGCUAUGCAAAAAAAAGUUUAAAGACAGCCCUCCAGGUUCUCCGCGAUCAUUAUCACAAGGCAAAAGAUUUGAAGUAGUAGAAAUAACGAAAGAUGGGAAAACUGAAAAGAUUCUGACAAUCACAAAGCAUUUCGUCUCAACAGAAUCAAUAGAAUCACAAGAAUUAGCGAGCUUAAAUUUAAUGACAAUAUGAGAAGAAGAUCAAAAUCCGAUACGAAUUUCGUCAAUUGAAAAUGUUUGGAUUGAUACAGUAGAAACCAAAAAAUUUUAUAUUCAAUAUCAAGAAAAAACAAAAAUAAAGCAGAGGGUUUUUGAAGCAAAGCUUGUUUAUAUUGCAUGUGUUAUAGAGAAAGAAAUAAAUUACAUGAGAAACGCCUAUUCAGAAUAA